AUGAUGACUGGUGCUGUCAUUAAUCACGGCAAAGUCGAUUCAAUUUGGAAAGAUCGAAUUGAACGAGCACUGAAGCAUAUUUGUCGUGCAAUUGAUCUCAGGCAAAGACGUGAUAUUGUACCAAUACUGAAAACGCUUGGCGAGCAAGUUGAACAAUUUAAUGCAUCAAGACGUCCACGUAUAAUUUCUGAAUGGUUUUCGAUAGAAAACAAACGUUCACUUUACACAACUAGUUCUUAUGAUGAAGUAUCUGGUGAUGAAUUAACUUGUUCAGUUUCAAUUUUACCUCAAGUUGAUCAAAUACCGAAUAUGUUUACGUAUGUGCCAUUACAAAAAAAUAUUCUCUGUGAUACAGUGACAAAACUAGCAGAUUUACUUUUAGAUGAAGAAGAUGAAGAUAUUAAAAAGCUUCUAAAUUCCGUGCAAUCGGAUACAUUAGUUGAAGAAGAAACGCUUCGCUCUGGUUCAAUAACGAGACGUUCACGUCGUUCCACAAAAACACCAACAACACGGGACAAAAAUAAUGAGUAUAUUUUCGACGACGAACAUCUUAUGGAACUAUUAAAACGUCUUAAACAACAGCCAGGACAUGCCUCGACACCUAUGGGAGCAGACGAUGAAUCAAAUUUGUUCGAUACACUAAUCAAAUUGUAUCCAUCGUCAGCGGAUUUAAUUCGUGAUCGAUUCGGCACAAUAUUUGAAAAACGUGGUGCUCAAUCAAAAGAAUUUACACCUAAUGUCGACAAUCCAGUAUUAUCACUUGAUACAACUGUUGAAAAUACGUUACACUCAUAUUUCAUGCUUUUUUGUCGUCGUUGCUAUCAAUAUGAUUGUUAUAUACAUAGAGACAAGCAAGCUUUACCUGAUCUUAAUGUUGAACCUAAAAAUAUUAGUUCAAUUUACCGUCCGUGUAGUCGUUAUUGUCACCAUAUAGAUUCAACACUAGAGGCAAAAGCAAAAAAUGAGUUUAAACGAAGUCAUAGUGAAUUAUCUGAUCAUGCCAAAUCUAAAACUUCUACUAAUGGCUUUCAUCCAAAGCCGUCUAAAGUUAGCUUAAUUAAAAGUGAACCCGCAUCACCAGUUAAUUUAUUAUCCAAUGGUUUUCGUUUAAAGCCAUCAUUAAAACGUAAAUUAAACGAUGAAUUAUCUGAUUGGUCACCAAGUGAUAAAUCUUUAUUUCGAGUUUUUCAUACAAUUUAUGGUAAUAAUACAUGUAUGAUUGCUAAUCUACUUGAUAAGUCAUGUUUACAAGCUUAUUUCUUUUCUACAAAUGAUAUUGAAACAAGUAAAAAGAACCUGUUUCUACAGCGGCAAUAUUCGAUAACAAGUACAUCAACAAGUGAUUCGUUUUCAGCCAUUUCAUCUACAUCAUCGGAUUCCAACGAGAUCAAUGUUAAUGGUUUACAUAAAAAGAAAAAACUUAAUGGAAAUUGCAAAGCAACACCAACUACAAAUGGUUGUGACGAAUCAAUAGAAGAUGAAACAACAGUAUGUAAUGGAAAAUAUAGACCGAAUAUGACAAAUAAUCACCGGUCAUCAUCAUCUCGUCGUUCUCAUUCAUUAUCAUUUCGCCGUCAACGAAGUCAUCAACAAAUAUUAUUAAAUCAUCAUAAUAAUCUCAAUCCUGAACAAAAACGUCACACCUAUUAUCCAUGUGAUCAUGGUCGCUCAAUGCCAUGUACGGAUCAAUGUUUUUGUGUACGAUCGGGAAAUUUUUGUGAAAAAUAUUGUUCUUGUUCAUCGCUCAAAUGUGAUAAUCGUUUUCCGGGGUGUCGUUGCCGUUCAUCGUGUACAACAAAACAAUGUCCAUGCUAUGCAGCAGCACGCGAGUGUGAUCCUGAUUUAUGUACACAAUGUGGCGCAGACGAUUUCAUUAGUAAUAAUAAUGAAUCAAAAACGCAAACAUCAUGUUCAUGCCAUAAUGUUGCUAUACAACGCAGUUUACAUAAGCCUUUAUUAUUAGCUGAAUCCGAUGUUGCCGGCUGGGGAAUAUUUACACAAGUUAAUAUUCAACGAAAUGAAUUUAUUGCUGAAUAUUGUGGAGAAAUUGUAACGCAAGAUGAAGGUGAAUUACGCGGACGAAUGUACGAUACGAUUGGUACAAGUUUCUUAUUUGAUCUCAAUGAAGAAUAUAUGGUUGAUGCUACACGUCGUGGCAAUAAAAUACGUUUUGCUAAUCAUUCAAUAAAUCCGAAUUGUUACGCUAAAGUUAUUCGAGUUAAUGGCGAUCAUAGAAUUGGAAUCUAUUCGAAACGUUCUAUAUCAGCAGGCGAAGAGUUAUUUUUUGAUUAUCGUUAUGGAGCCAACCAUCAUUUACGCUUUGUUGGCGUCGAGAAAAAUAAAUGUGGAGAUCAAGUUGAUACGUAA